ACCUCGGAGCACAUACAGCCCCUCCGACUACCACAUCUCUGUGCCUCCCUAUUCACCUACUCUCUUUGAUUCUUCAACCAUCCACGUCCUACCGGAUCGUGUCACGUCUUUUCUCUGUGCUGCCCACCGUCGUCGAUAGAGCACGAUGUGUGAAAUUGAGUGCUUCGGGAACUACCACCGCGGGUGCGAGCACUACGUGAAGCUCUACGAGAGCGGGAACAAGACGGAUUGCGGCUCGGCGAGCUGCGCGCUGAGCGUCGCGCACCAACAUCGUCCAGGGCAGCGCGUCUGCACCUGCUCGAAGGUGCCUCGUGAAUGCCGGAGGGUGCUGAGCCUGAUCCACGAGAGAUGCGAUAACUGCACCCGCGCGGCGUGGGCCACGUUGGAGCGCGAGUCAGGCCGGGUCUGGUGACACCCCUCCGCGUUGCCGCGCCUUGAUCUUUCGCUAAGCGACAGGGAGGAAUGUGCUUCGCUUGCCAGUUCCACGACCCCCUAGAGAACCGGAGCUCGGUUUGCUGUUGACCACACUAGUUCUCUUGCUCGGGAGUUCUUGGGUCACUGCACCAUCUUCCUAUCCUCACUUUUUCUUGGAUUUAUUGUGCAGGGAACUAUUAAUCUGUGUACUACUCUUAUGUAGUUGUAUCGAUACCGAGCAUUGCAAUGUACGAUAAGCGCAUUUA